GAAACUGUGCGACUGUAACCUUGCGGCUGCGUUAUGUAUUUAAGUUUUAAGGGAUUUUUUCCGCAGCGAUGAGUAGAUUUAUUUUACCGGUUUCUGUGUUCGGAACAGUGGCCGGAUGCGCUGUUUUACUUAAAAACCAUGUGACAGGAGGCCGUUGUCCCAGUAAGGCUACAAUCAAAGGAAAGACAGUAGUGAUAACAGGAGCUAACACGGGCAUCGGAAAGGCGACGGCUCAGGAACUUGCCACAAGAGGGGGUCGUAUCAUUAUGGGAUGCCGUGACAUGGAGAAGUGUGAAACGGCAGCGAAAGAGAUCCGAGGAAAAACUCUGAACCCUCAUGUUUAUGCUUGUCACCUGGACCUGGCCUCCAUGAAGUCCAUCCGAGAGUUUGCAGAGAAAAUAAACCAAGAGGAGAAGCGGGUGGACAUACUGAUAAACAAUGCAGGAGUCAUGAGGUGUCCAGCGGGGAAGACGGAGGACGGCUUUGACAUACAGUUCGGGGUUAAUCAUUUAGGCCACUUCUUAUUGACAAACCUCCUGCUGGAGAAGCUGAAAGAGUCGGCCCCCAGCAGAGUGAUCAACCUGGCCUCGCUCGCCCACAUCGUUGGAAAGAUCGACUUCAAUGACCUGAACUGGGAGAAGAAGAAGUUCGACACGAAGCAGGCGUACUGUCAGAGCAAGCUCGCCAAUGUUCUGUUCACCAGGGAGCUCGCCAAGCGGUUAGAAGGCACCAGAGUGACCGUGAAUGCUGUACACCCAGGAGUCGUAGCCACGGAGCUCGGGAGACACACCGGUCUGCACCAAUCACAGUUCUCCAGCUCUGUGCUCAGCCCCUUCUUCUCUUUGCUGGUAAAGAGUCCAGAGCUGGGCGCUCAGCCCAGCGUCUUUCUGGCCGUGGCCGAGGAAAUGGAGGGUGUGACGGGGCAGUACUACGAUGUGAUGACUGAAAAGGAACCGGCACCCCAGGCCCUCGAUGAUGAGGCGGCUCGUAGGUUGUGGGAGGUCAGCAGCAGGCUGGUGGGCCUGCAGGACGGUGGACAGCCAUGCGAGGCAAAGCCAUCGGUGGACAGACAAAGCAAAGCCGGGCUGACAGAUUCAGCACAGACACUGGGGCAGAAACUAGAGCAAGACGUCAGUACUGUUGGAUCUUAGUUCUGCUUCAGCUUCAGGGGAUAAUCGAUCUGGACCCACUUUGUGACAUAUGAACACUUUUCUCUCUGAGGAUGUUAAUAUCUGUGUGUAAAGAUGGCCCUUUGUUUCACAGAAGGAAUCCUUAAAAUACUUGGACAUAUAAACUCAAUAAAAAGACAAAAACAAUCCAAUGUUGAUUCCAGACGUAAACUCAGGGAUUUAGAUCAGUACUUCCUCUGAUUGUGUUUUCUCAAUCUUUUUGUAGCAGAG